AUGGAAUCUCUCAGUGUAGCAAAUGGCUCCUUCGCUAUUGAUCUCUUUAGGAAGCUGAAUGAAAAUAAUAGAAAAUGCAACUUGUUCUUCUCUCCACUGAGCAUCUCCUCGGCUCUGGCAAUGAUUCAUUUGGGAGCCAAAGGAACUACUGCUGCUCAGAUGUCAAAGGUUCUUCAGUUUGAAAAGGCAAAAGAUGUUCAUUCAUCAUUUCAGUCUCUUAUUUCUGAAAUCAACAAGCCUGGCACUGAUUACCUUUUGAGAACCGCCAAUCGUCUUUAUGGAGAAAAGUCAUUUACCUUCCUUGACGAUUUUCUUGGAUCAACUCAAAAACACUAUCAUGCAGAUUUACAGGCUGUAGACUUUUCUGGAAAGGCAGAGGACUGUAGAAAAGAAAUUAAUACCUGGGUGGAACAAAAGACAGAAGGUAAAAUCCAGGACCUGUUACCGAGCGGCAGUGUGGAUUCACUUACUAGACUUGUACUAGUCAAUGCUAUCUACUUCAAAGGAAAUUGGGCAAACCAGUUUGACAAGCAGCAUACAUCAGAAAUGCCCUUUAAAUUGAAUAAGAAUGAAACCAAGCCUGUGCAGAUGAUGUACAAAAAAGCCAAGUUUCCAAUGACCUACGUGGGAGAUUUGUUCACAAAAGUUAUUGAACUGCCCUAUGUGAAUAAUGAGUUGAGUAUGUUUAUACUGCUCCCUGAUGAAAUUCAGGAUAAAACCACUGGCUUGGAAAAGCUUGAAAAAGAGUUAACAUAUAGUAAAUUUUUGGAGUGGACAAAUCCAGAAAUGAUGGACAUAACAGAAAUGGAGUUGUUUGUACCAAAGUUUAAGCUAGAAGACAGUUUUGACCUGAAGUCUGUACUUAGUGACAUGGGGAUGGCUGAUGCUUUUGACCAAUGCAAAGCGGACUUCUCGGGAAUGUCAGGAUCCAAAAAUCUUUUCUUAUCUGAGGUUGUUCACAAGACAUUUGUGGAGGUGAAUGAAGAAGGUACAGAGGCAGCUGCUGCUACUGCUGGCAUUGCCUUGAUGUGUCUGCUACCUGAAGAGGAAUUCAAUGCUGAUCAUCCCUUUCUCUUCUUUAUUCGUCAUAAUAUUACUAGGAACAUACUUUUUGCUGGCAGAUAUUCUUCCCCUUAA